AAGAAAAAGAAAAACCAAUAAAAGGAGCUACAGAUCACCAACAGGCAACAAUUGUUUUGUAACAGGGGCUCUUUUGAAAGCUCAAAGAUCCACUGUCGCGCUUCUUUCCCCGACAAAUCUCGUCUACUUUUGUUUUUGGGUCUCCAGAAAAUCUGACACCAGACCCAGACCCAGACCCAGAUCCUGUAUUCUUCUUUUGGAUUCCAGAUUAUGGCAUAUCCUGAGCCUCAAAAUGCAGAGAGGGAGAUAGUUCAGGUCAACACUACACCAAGAAAACCCCGGAUUUUGCUUGCUGCCAGUGGAAGUGUAGCUGCCAUAAAGUUUGGGAAUCUAUGCCAUUGUUUCUCUGAAUGGGCAGAAGUGAAAGCAGUUGCCACGAAAGCCUCUUUGCAUUUCAUUGACAGAGCAUCACUUCCUAAGGAUGUAAAUCUUUACACUGAUGAGGAGGAAUGGUCCAGCUGGGGAAAAAUUGGUGACAAUGUGCUUCAUAUUGAGCUUCGUCGAUGGGCUGAUAUUAUGGUCAUUUCCCCAUUGUCAGCAAACACGCUUGGCAAAAUUGCUGGGGGAUUAUGUGACAAUUUGCUAACUUGCAUUGUACGAGCAUGGGACUACAGCAAGCCACUCUUUGUUGCACCGGCUAUGAACACGUUCAUGUGGAGCAACCCUUUCACAGAAAAACAUCUCAUGUCAAUUGACGAGCUUGGAAUUUCUCUUAUCCCCCCUGUCAAAAAGAGACUAGCUUGUGGGGACUAUGGGAAUGGCGCAAUGGCUGAACCUUCUCUAAUCCACUCGACUGUAAGACUAUUCUUAGAGUCACGGCCUCAACUAAGUGAUGGAAGCGGCGGUUGAUUUGACAUGAACAAUAAUACUAAAUUUGUUGUGUUGUAAUCCAUUGGUUCUGUCUUAGAUGUAUUUGUGCUGGCUGUCUACCAUGCUUAACUUACAUUUACACCUGCAUUUUAGAGUUUGCUUAACUUGCAUACCAUGAGGAAUGGUCUUGAACACUGCUGAACAUAUGACCUUGUAAGCUGAUGAUAUUGACGAAUUGCAGAAUCGUAUUAGCUUGAUAAAAGCUGCCUUUAAUGAUUAAUUAU